GUUGCCUACAGCGACAGAAGCUGUUGGCUACGAUCCCUACCAAUUUCAAGAUGCCGCUGUCCAGACCGCGACCUAGUGACAUGCCAGCAGACUGCUUAGCUUCGGCACCUCUGCCCAUGAGAAAAAAACAGACUUCUGAUUCACCAAAUUUCAAGACUCACCAAUGUCUGGCCAACUCUCAGACAUUGCAGUGGAAACCCUUGUGUACCACUGUUGAUGCAAACUCGCCCAAUUCCACGCUUCCAAAUAUAGCUCCACUCAUUUUCCACACCUUGUGACGCCAAGGCAAAUUCGUCCCAAUCUGAACUGCUCUCUUCAGCAACGAAUGCAAGGUCUCGACAUUCCAGCCUUUCAAGUGAACCAGCUGUUGCAUUCAGUGCCCCUUGCCACACCAAGACAGACACCGCACACAAAACCAAACUGCUGUGUCCACCGAGUGGCAGAAGGUCACGUGAUAUCCAGCUUUUAAGUGCACCUACUGCUGUACUAACCACUCCCGUCAGCUCCAAGAUGCCCCAAAUCAUACAUUUGUGUUCCUCGCACGACUCAACUAAAACCCAGAAGCCUCCGAGUGCAACCACAGUUGCGCUUGCCACUUCCCAGCAUGCCAAGACUCGACUGUCCCAGCCCAGACUGUUGUGUUUGUCCAGCAACUCCGAGCUUCCAUACGUGCCCAAACUUUCACUGACCAUCUCGUGCCAAGCUGAGGAGCUGCAUCAUGGCACACCAGAAAGCUGUGUUACUUUAACAACUGUGCCAGGGAUGCAGGCGAUGCAGUGCAAGUCCAACGUAUAUCAAGUGCAUACAUUGGGCAGUCAGGCAAAGACUGGACACCGCCAUGUCAUCAAGGUGAAGGCCAGCACCCAAACUGAUGUGGUCACCUGUACCACUACUACACAGACAAAAACUAAGAGAUUAAGGAGCCGAGGGACAAACACGGGCCCCGAAUGGUGAUUACAAAGAGACGAGACUUCGAAGCAGAAACCACACCAUAGGACAACGAGCUAACCUUCAAGCUGGCACCUGCACCUGUUUAUCAAGCUGACCUUCCUGCGAUUCAUGCUUUACGAAGUGUUAAAUUAUUCUACAAUAAUAUCUACAUGCUUUCAUGGUUUUCUCUCCAACAGCUUUGGCCAUUACCAAGUCAAGGGUGUUCUUUAGCCAAGUUAAGUUUUCAAAAGUAAAAUGAUGCCUUUUGCACGUGAUACAGUGUUGAGCGUGUCUCCGGAGCCAUGCGUGCGCUUUUGAUUUCGGCAGAACGUCGUCUCUUGAAGACCUGAACAAGCUGGAACAAAGGAUUUUAGCUCGCAUGUGUGCGUAGAACAGUAAUCAUGUGCGCUGCCAUGCACCGAGGAACACGAGUGCCGCUCGUUACC